AUGAUCGCUUCGGUGAUACAUCUGGACGCUGGGGCGCUGCCUGGCCCCCGCCUCGCAGAGCUCUGCUCCGGCGCGGCACUGCUGGCCUGCAGGCUGCAGCAACAGGGAGUUCAGGCCACUCUUCUGCUGCAAUGCAGUGCGGCCGCCGAUGCCGCGGCCUGCUUUGCGGCGGCGCAGCUGGCGCUGGAGCGUACAGCAGCAGCCCCAUCUGAUAUCGUGUUUGUCAGCGUGUCAGACAGCAGCGCCGCGGCCAGCCAGGCAGCGGCAUUGGGGUGCGCCGCUGUGGAGCACCUGCCUGCACGCGCCGCCACUCCUGCGCAGGUGCAGGCCUGGGGGCUGCAGGCUGUGGCCUGCCACGCAGCCCGCCGGCACGCGCCGCCGCCGCUGAUGGUUGGGUAUGUGAUGAAGGAGUCUCGCCAGCUGGCGCUCAGCGCGCAGGGCAUGCUGCCGCUGCUGGCACCCCCGCCUGCGGCGGCGCCGGCUGGAGCACCUGGAGGACCCUCAUCACCAUCAUCAGCAGCAGCAGCAGCACCAGCAGCAGGGGCCAGGGCAAUGUGCUUCAUGCCGCUGGACCUGGGCAGCAUCCUGUCGCACCAGCUGCGCCGCUGCCACAUCGUGCUGCAGAAGCUCACAGACUGCCUGCAGCCCGGCGGCGGCGGCGGCGGCGGCGGCGGCGGCAGCAGCGCCGUGGCGCCGUUCACGCCUGAAGCCGCCGCUCUGCUGGCGGCCCUGGACCAGCAGCAGCAGCCGCCGCAGCAGCAGCAGCAUGGGGCGUCGCCUGCCGCAGCAGCAGGCGAGGGCAACGCGGGCGCUGGAGCAGUGGCGGCGGCGGUGCCGGUGUGCCUGGUGGACCCUGCCACCACCCUGCAGCCCAUCAUGGACCGAGCCGAGCUGGUGCGGCACCUGCAGGCCACUGCGCUGGCUGUGCGCCAGCAGGCCAUCCCGAUGCGCGCCCCCGCCUCGCUGCUGCUGCGCGCGUACGACCCCGCCGCCACGCCGCGCCAGCUGGCAGCCGCCGGCGUCGCGCUGCCCUGCAUCCUCAAGCCGCAGGCCGCGUGCGGCGUGGCCGAGGCUCACCAAAUGGCCUUCAUCCUGCACGGCUCUGGGUUUGCUGAGCUGGAGGUGCCGCUGCCGGCGCUGGCACAGGAGUAUGUGGACCAUGGCGGUACCGUAUGGAAAGUGUACGUGGCGGGGCGGCAGCGCCUGCUGGCUGAUGCCUGGGGGCAGCAGGUGUUCUGGACGCAGCGCAAGUCGACGCCCGACCUGGCGCCGCUGGCCGCCCAGCUGGCUGCUGAUGCCGAUGCCGACAUCCCGGCCAGCAUCGGCUUUGACAGCCUCAAGUCGCUGCCCACCACGCUGCCCUGGCUGCGGCACACGCAGAAGCCGCAGGCGCCUGCACAGCACGAGCAGCAGCAGGCACAGCAGGCGCAGGCCGAGGCGGAUGGUGUGGCAGCCGGCAGCGGCGGAGGCAGCGUGGCCGGCCGGGAGCUCAUGCGGCAGCCGACGUUUGAGGCGGUGGCCGCGGCGCUGCGGCAGCGGCUGGGCCUCACCCUGUUUGGGUUUGACCUGGUGUUUGACCGAGCAGCAGGCGAGCUGGUGAUUGUGGAUGUCAACUACUUCCCCUCCUUCAAGGGCAUCCCAGAGGCACCCGCAGCGCUCCAAGGGGCGCUGUGGGAGCGUUAUGCGGCGCACCUGGCAGCGGCGGCGGCGGCCAAGCAGUAG